AUGGAUCAACAACGUGGAAGGUCUCCCUCUGCGGGGCAUCAACAGAAUCAUAUAAGUCGAGGUCCGUCACCGGCGCCGCAAUUUCAAGAUAAUGCAGUUUCGGUAGGAUUGGGACUUGCUCUGGAUCCAGCACUAUCAGAUCCAAAUCAAACCUUCCUUAAUAGCAAUUUCAACAACGGAUUCAUGGGACAGCAACAGAAUCAGCAAUUCUCGUCAGGUAGCUUGUCCGAUCCCGCGUACGCUACCUCGCAGGAUUUCACAAAUCAAGCCCAAUUCGUCAAGCAAGAAGAGCCCUCACCAUUUGCUCCUCCACAGCGCAGCUUUACCCAAGAACUGCUUUCCUCAAACUUUAACGAAGGUGAUUUUUCUUUAUACUCAACGCCAGGCCAAAGUGAUCAGUUCGGCGAGCAAUCCUUUUUUAUGAACGACCCAUCACAAGCAGCAGGCAACAUCAACCCCGCGGAGCUUGAAAUGUCUUCCCCACCGAAUCAUUCCGCUACUCCCCCGGGACUUCUCCCACCUGGCACUCGAACCCCAUCAUCGGCACACCAGUCCCCAAGUUUCAACCAAGGCGCCUUCCAACCCUCUCCCGGGCACUCAAGAAAUGCUUCUCUCGGUCCAGAGAGCGCAGCCUUUCCACAGGGGCACCAGCAAGAAUGGAGUAUGAUGGCACCUCAAUUUACAACGCACCGAAGAUCGCCAUCCGAGUUUUCUGAUGUAUCGGUACAUUCCGCGAGUCACUCUCCAAAUUUAGGGCACCAUGACACGUUUGAAUCAAUAGAGCAGCAGCGAUCACCUAUGCAGCAGCCUCAAGAUCAUCUUUAUCAAGAGGUACUUGGUAUCCAGAACUUUUCUUUGUCGGACCAAAUUCCUAGUCCACAUCGGGGGCUAAGUCCUGCUCACAGUCCUGCGAUCUCACCAAGACUUGUUCCACAGCAGAUGGCAGGUCCUAACAAUAACUUUAUGCUUGGAUUGAAUAAUGGAUUUGGACAACCACAGGGCAUGUAUGGGCAGUCUGGCCAGGAGUCCUUUCCGCAGAUGCAUGGAAACGGUAUGGACAUGGGCCAGGCGCCGCUGAUGGCUCCUCCUACAAUCGAGGUUGAAUUUGCGCCCGCAUCUCGUCAAAAUAGCUUCGAGCCACCCAAACCUUCCUUGGACCAAGAUGCGUUAACCCCACCUGAUAGAGGUCGCAACCGUCGAAGAGCUGUCUCAGACACCGGUUACAGCAAUCCUUCAGGCAUGGUUCGCCAACACUCCCCAGGAGCUGGAAUGGCAGCCGGUCUUGGUUCAAAUCUUACCCCUCAUAUGACCGACUCACAUCGAUCACUGUCACCAAAUGACAGGUCUGGAACUGCUUCACCCAGUAGCAGACGUCGUCAAUCAACUUCUGCCCUUCCAAACCGAGACUACAUUUUAGGACUUGCAGAUCCUGACUACCAGGCGGCCGCGCCUGACAAUAACCCUAAACGCGUACAGAAACAUCCAGCUACAUUUCAGUGCACGUUAUGUCCUAAGCGAUUCACUCGCGCUUAUAACCUCAGGUCACACUUGCGUACUCAUACAGAUGAACGACCCUUUGUGUGCACAGUUUGUGGGAAAGCAUUUGCACGCCAACACGACCGGAAACGGCAUGAAGGCCUCCACUCUGGAGAGAAGAAGUUUGUUUGCAAGGGCGAGCUCAAGCAAGGUGGCCAAUGGGGUUGUGGUCGUCGAUUUGCUCGAGCCGAUGCUUUAGGAAGACACUUCAGGUCAGAAGCGGGUCGGAUUUGCAUAAAACCGCUAUUAGAUGAAGAAGCCAUUGAGAGGCAACGAUUGUGGCAGGAGCAGCGUAUGCAGCACAACAUGCAACAGCCAAUAGCCGUUGAUGCGAAUGGCUUCCCUAUGGACGCGAGUGGGAACUACACGCUCCCAGCAGCCCUGCUAGCUCAGUACCCCGCUCUGGCGAAUCUGAGUUGGACGGAUAUGUCGCAAGGGGACGUCGGGUUGGACGAUGAUCCAAGCGGCAGAAGCAGUUUCGACGCUAGCGGUUCAGAGUACUACGACGAAGGUGAUGAAGGAGGAUAUGUUAGUAGUGGACCGGGACCGCAACAAGGCUACCACCACCAGCCACAAAUGAACAAUGCGUACAAUGGAUACUCAAGCGAUAUUGGAGCUCGGUAG